GGUGCAAAUAGUAAUGCUGUGUGUGUACUUUAUUUUUAAAGGGAGAUCGUAUGUGGCAUUUUGCUGUCUCCGUGUUCCUGGUUGAACUUUACGGAAACAGCUUGCUCCUGACUGCAGUCUAUGGGCUGGUUGUGGCAGGAUCAGUUCUUCUCCUGGGAGCCAUCAUUGGAGACUGGGUGGACAAGAACUCCAGGCUCAAAGUGGCCCAGACCUCCUUGGUUGUACAGAAUGUGUCUGUCAUCCUGUGCGGUGUUAUCCUGAUGGUUAUCUUCUUGUUUAAGACACAGCUCUUGACCUUAUACCAUGGAUGGCUUCUUACGAUGUGCUAUAUCCUGGUUAUCACGAUAGCAAAUAUUGCCAAUUUGGCCAGCACUGCCACAGCGAUCACAAUUCAGAGGGACUGGAUUGUGGUGGUUGCAGGGGAAGACAGAAGCAAACUGGCAGACAUGAAUGCUACAAUACGAAGAAUUGACCAGUUGACCAAUAUCUUGGCCCCCAUGGCGGUUGGGCAGAUAAUGACGUUUGGCUCUCCAAUGAUUGGCUGUGGAUUCAUUUCGGGUUGGAACCUGAUGUCUAUGUGUGUGGAAUAUUUGCUGCUCUGGAAAGUCUAUCAGAAAACCCCGUCUCUGGCUCUCAAGUCUUCGAAAGUUGAAGAAUCAGAACUGAAACAGCUGAAUGCAAAGAAAGAGAGUGACACGAAACCCGCUGAAGGAGUGCAGCUAAUUGUUGAGAAAGAGGUGGCCGAGCCUCAGCUGGAGAAGGAGGUCGGCUGCGCCACGCGGAUCGCCGAGCCCUUCAUCACCUUCCGUGAUGGCUGGGUCGCGUACUACAACCAGCCAGUGUUCCUCGCGGGCAUGGGCCUUGCGUUUCUCUACAUGACUGUUCUGGGCUUUGAUUGUAUCACUACAGGCUACGCGUACACUCAGGGUCUGAGCGGCUCCGUGCUCAGCCUCCUCAUGGGGGCCUCGGCGGUCACGGGCAUCCUGGGCACAGUGGCCUUCACGUGGCUCCGCCGCAGGUGCGGCCUGGUUCGCACGGGCCUGGUGUCCGGGGCGGCGCAGUUUGCCUGCCUCACCCUGUGCGCCAUCUCCGUGUUCAUGCCGGGGAGCCCCCUGGACCUGACUGUCUCCCCCUUUGCCGACAUCAGCGCCAGGCUGUUUGAAAGUGAACCCUUACCCACCAUUGCCUCUCCGGGAGAUAAGUCUGAAGUGGCUUUUGCAACUGGAAUGCCCACCUUGUUGAACGGGUCCGCUCCUGGUAACGGUGACCCAGAGAUGAGUCCUGAGCCUGUGCCUUUAAUCUCUGUUAGUCUCCUGUUCGCAGGAGUCAUUGCUGCUAGAGUUGGCCUUUGGUCCUUUGAUUUGACUGUCACACAAUUGCUCCAAGAAAACGUGAUGGAAUCUGAAAGAGGCAUCAUCAAUGGUGUCCAAAACUCCAUGAAUUACCUUCUUGAUCUGCUGCACUUCAUCAUGGUCAUCUUGGCCCCUAACCCUGAAGCUUUUGGCUUAUUGGUGCUUAUUUCUGUGUCUUUUGUUGCAAUGGGUCACAUAAUGUACUUCAGAUUUGCCCAAAAAGCUUUGGGAACACAGCUUUUUGCAUGUUGCACUCCUGAUCCCAAAGCAGUCUCUGACAGCUCACCACCUGCUAAUACAUCUACAGUCUGAAAGAUUUUGCUACACAUACAUCACAGUUAGAUGUAUAGAAAUGGUCACAAAAAGCAGUCUAAGGUGUUUCUCUAGAGUUGAA